AACCACCCGCACCAAAAAUGUUUUCUUCUGUCAGCUGGUUCUGGGCUUUAAAUUUUGUUUUGACGAAUAGUGUUUUAAAACAGUUUGGUAGGCUAAGUGGGUUGUGUCUGUUAGGUAUUCGAUUCGUAAGUUCCCACUCCACCUGUGUCAUCAAGGACAACGCAAAGACGUGAAGUGUAUGCUCUAUAGCUCGUCCAUUAUCUUUGACCUAAUUAGUUUCCCUUCCAACGACCCAAAGCAUGGAUCCCUGCGUGGACGAAGCGAAGAUCGUCAAAGAAACCCUCCACGCAGGCACUAAGGUGGUUCCGUUCCGGGAUGGCACCCGUAUCAAAUUCCACUUCCAGACGCGGAAGCUCGACGGUACCGUGCUGGACGAUAGCCGUGAGAUGGCCAAACCCAUGGAACUGGUCCUGGGCAAAAAGUUCAAACUGGACGUGUGGGAGGUCUGUCUGCAGAAAAUGGCCCUCCACGAGGUGGCCAAGUUCCGGUGCGAUAAAUCGUUGCUUCAGCAGUACCCCUUCGUGUCGAAAACGAUCCGGGAUUCGAUGAAAUCAUCGGAACACCGGAAGCACUGCUGCGGGAUGACCCUCCAGAACGAGGGCAUCGGGUAUAAGGAUUUGGACGAGAUCUUUGGGUGUCCGCAGGAUUUGGAGUUUGUGCUGGAGGUGCUAUCGAUUGAGCAUCCGGAGGACUAUCAGAAGGAUUCCUGGCAGUUGAGUGACAAGGAGAAGCUGGAACAGGUGAAAAAGCUGAGGGAGAAGGGGAACGAGUGCUAUUCGAGGAAGGACUAUGUCGGUGCGACGGAGGCGUAUUCGUACGCUGCGGGGUUGAUUGAGCAGUUGAUGUUGAAGGAAAAACCGAAUGACACAGAAUGGCUGGAGCUGGCCCAACUCAAAGUUCCUCUUCUUCUCAACUACUCCCAGUGUAAACUACUCGACAAGGAUUACUACGCAGUCAUCGAGCACUGCAGCGAAGUGCUGGACAAGUAUGACAAGGAUAACGUGAAAGCCCUGUUCCGAAGAGCAAAAGCUCACGUGGGAGCGUGGAAUCCAGACCGGGCGAAAGCCGAUUUCCAACGGGUUGCCGAGCUGGAUCCGGCUCUGGCCGGGGCUGUCAGUAAAGAGCUUAAAAAUCUGCAGGAACUGAUACGGCUUAAGGAUGUGGAAGAUAAACUUCGGUUUCAAAAAUUGUUCUAAGUCGAGAGGCGAUUGUGCGCUUCUUGUAGUUAGUUAUUUCUGUUGUAGGUUUUAUUCGGUAGGUGAGAAAUGGAUGUUGUAUUCUGUCUGCUUGUGACGACUUUAUUGAAACGAAUGCAAUCACUUUUAAGCCAUGUUGUAAUCAUAACUAUGUCAAUGUAUAAA